AGUGCAGAGUGGCUGAGUGACUGUAAAGAGCAAAGAAGGGCUGAAGCAAGGGGAGGCAGUCUUUACCCCACUGCAGGCUGCUGCUGCACCAUGUCUCUGGCUCAGACCAUCCGACUGUGGAAUGAGGGAGUGUGUGCUACAGACCGCGAGGACUGGACAGCGGCGCUGGAUGCUUUCAGCUCAGUGCAGAACCCCCCUUCCAAACUCUGCUUUAACAUUGGCUGCAUCCACCUGAUCCUGGGGAAUUUGGCUGAGGCAGAGCAGGCGUUUGCCAGGAGCAUUAACUGCGACAAGCACUUAGCCGUGGCCUAUUUCCAGCGCGGGACAGUGUUUUACUGGAGAGAGAAGUAUGAAUUGGCCAUUGAGGACUUUAAAGAGGUGUUGGCCCUGCUGCGAGGGAACCAGCUGAUAGACUACAAGAUCCUGGGGCUGCAGUUCAGGCUGUUUGCUUGUGAGGUGUUGUAUAACAUAGCCCUGCUCUAUGCCAAGCUGGAGGACUGGAGAAAAGCUGAAGAGCAUCUGACACUGGCGAUAAGCAUGAAGACCGAACCCCGGCAUAACAAGAUUGACAGGGCUAUGGAAGCCAUCUUGAAGCAUAGACUCUUUGAGCCGGUGGCAAUUCCUCCGGGGAAGCUGUUUAGGCCAAAUGAAAAGCAAGUGGCUCAGCUGGAGAAGAAGGAUUACCUGGGAAAAGCUACGGUCGUGGCGUCUGUGGUCGACAAGGAUAGUUUUUCAGGGUUUGCUCCGCUUCAGCCGCAGACGAGUGGCCCUCCACCCAGACCAAAGACACCAGAAAUCCUCCGGGCCCUGGAAGGGGAGCCUUACCGCGUGCUGUACGAGUUCACGCCCGAGACCGCGGAGGAGCUGCAGGUCCUGCCGGGAAACAUUGUCUUUGUCCUGACGAAAGGGAAGGACAACUGGGCCACCGUUAUGUUCAACGGGAAGAAAGGGAUUGUCCCCUGGAACUACCUUGAGGCCGUGGAGCUCCAGAACCAUCCGCAGUUCCGGGAGGAAACCGCCACUGAGUUGGACAUCCCUGCCCCACCCAGUUCCACCGCUCCGGAAAAGCCCAGGUCUUCAGCACCAGCUCACGGACCUGGUACUUCUGGAAAACAGCAGCAAGAAGCUCCAAAGGAUGUAGGAUCAGCUACUUCAAACUCAUAUGUUCUCAAGGUGCAUUACAAGUACACAGUAGCAAUACUAGUCUGGCUUGGAAUCACCUACAGCAAACUCCUGGACAUGGUGUGCAAGAAACUGGAGCUCUCACUAGAGCAUACUAAACUGAGGUACCGGCCUGCAGAGAGUGAGGAGCUGGUAACUCUGAGCGAGGAGAGCAUGAAGACAGUAUGGAGUCACGCUAAGGACUAUUGCCUGACACUGUGGUGUGACGUCACAGAGGGAGACAAAGAUUUACCCCGAGGGGAAGAUGGCCAAGCUGAGGAAGGUACCCAGAAGACAUCACAGCAGCUGGAAGCAAACCACGUGGUAGCACAAUACAGUUAUGAAGCCAUCCAGCCCGAGGACCUGGAGUUCCAGGCAGGAGACGUGAUACUCGUCUUAUCCAAAGUGAAUGAAGAGUGGUUGGAAGGCCAGUGCAAGGGGAAGGUGGGCAUUUUCCCCAGAGCUUUUGUUCAAAAAAGUGAUGCAGAAAACCCUGAAAUUUAAUUCCACAGAAGACUAAGGAUCCCUGGACGUGCAACAGCAGCAUUUAAGAUGUCUCCUCUCAUUAACCACUGUAUGCAGAAUUGUUACCCUCGUGUGUAAGAAAAGCCUUUUCUUUUU